UUAUGCAUUUUUCAUUUUUAGGCCCAAGCAAUUCCAGUUCGCGUGGCAGCGUUAAAGGAACGCAUGUUUGUUGCUGCAAUCGAUUUUGGAACAACAUAUUCUGGAUACGCAUUUCAAGCUCGUGCAAACUUUAAGACUGAUCCGUUGCAGAACAUCAUAUCAAACAACUGGGAAUCAUCGGUACCUGGUCUUUCACACAAGACGCCAACUUGUAUUCUGUUUGAUAAACAUCAACAGUUCCAUUCUUUUGGUAAUGACGCUGAACAAAAAUACAACGCACUUGCAGCUGAUGGUGAAACGUGGAACUGGUACUUCUUUAAACGAUUUAAGAUGACUUUGUAUAAGGAAGAGGCUUUGUCGCGUGGCACAGUUAUUAGAGAUGACAAGGGUAUGGACAUGCCAGCUAUGAUUGUGUUUACAGAAAGUCUCAAAUAUCUCAAAGACCACUUGCUAAAGACGCUUGAAAGAACCUCUGUCGAUAUAAAACCUCAAGAUAUACACUGGGUAAUCACAGUGCCAGCAAUAUGGACAGAUUCAGCAAAACAGUUUAUGAGAGAGGCUGCAAUUAAUGCCGAAAUACACACAGACAUGAUUUCACUGAGUCUAGAACCCGAGGCAGCUAGUCUGUUUUGCAGAUAUCUACCCGUGCAAAGAGUGACUGGGGUCAGUCAAGCCGAAAUUCGAAGUUUCAGCAUUGGAGACAAAUACAUGAUUCUUGACUGUGGUGGUGGAACUGUCGAUAUUACUGUACAUGAAAUACAGGAAGACAGUACCUUAAGGGAGCUUGCAAAAGCCAAUGGGGGAGAAUGCGGUGGUACGCAAGUGGAUGAAAAGUUUAUUUCGUUGCUGAAUGAUUUAUUUGGACCGGAUGUCAUGGAAGUAAUUUGUCAACGCUACAGGGAUGAUUACCUUCAAUUGAUGCAAAGCUUUGAAAUAAAGAAGAGAAGAAUUUCUCCUGGCUUAUCUGCAACAGAAACUAUACAGAUAUCUGCUUCAUUUACAGAUACAUACAAGGAACUUAACAAUAUAGAUAUUGCUAACAAUCCUAGUAUUCCUCAACGUCUGAAGGGUAAAGUGACAUUCACAAAGGAUAAGGUACGAGUAGAUGCAGAUGUUAUGAAGGAUCUUUUUACUGAUGUUUGUGGGGAAAUUUGUAAACAGGCGAGAGAGUUUUUCAGCUCUAUAAGGGAGCAUAACAUCGACAAAAUUCUGAUGGUGGGCGGUUUCAGUGAAUCUGAGAUGCUUCAAGUUAAGGUAAGAGAGACUUUCCCAAGAGUAAGUUUGAUAAUACCGGAGGAAGCUGGUCUUGCUGUUCUGAAGGGGGCAGUUCUGUUUGGGCACAAUCCAAAGAUGAUUACAGCACGUGUAUGUAAAUAUUCAUACGGGAUACGCGCUUUCAAGCAUUUCGAGCCCGGACUAGAUCCACAAGAGAAGAGGGUUGUCCAAGGUGAUUUAGUCCUUUGCAAGGAUUACUUUAGUAAGCAUGCAACCAUUGGCCAGGAGUACAAGACCAAAGAAAAAGUUUACACACAAGAGUAUGUCCCGUCUGAUGCCAGUGGAUCGAAGUUAGAGGUCUGGGUAUACACAUCACCUAGAAAACAUCCAUUAUAUAUAGACGAAGAGGGAAGUAGGAAAAUAGGCGAAAUAAGCAUUCCAUUACAAAACACCAAAGGAAAAGAUAAUCCUGUAAAGGUUCAAUUUGUAUUUGGAGACACAGAACUAAAGGUUAAAGUCAAAGACACAGUGACGGGACAGAAGAAAGAUGCAGACUUUGAUCUAUUAGGACUUUAAAUUUGAAGUUCAUGACAUGUCUGCGAGUCAAACAUUCCACACUUUAUAAUCUUUACUGAACAGUAUGUUUAAAAUAUUUUGAAAAUUAUUUAAACAUUACCAAAUUCGUGUUUAAUUUAACGUCCUUAUCGGACAAAUAUUUAUCUGAUAGUCAACAGAAAACGUUCUUUUCAACAUAUUGUAGUAAUUUACAUGAUCAAAACGACAAUUUAAAAUGACCCAGCGUUUAACAGACACAAUGAGAUGAACAAUCUGACAUUGAAACAUGCGUGGCUCCUGAUAAGCGUUUUUAUUUUCUUUGUUUGAUGUUAUGUAUUCAAAUUUGUUCUUGUUUAAGUUACUCCCGAUGAUUUAAUAACUAAGAUUUAUUUUGUAAAUAUGUCUAUUUACAUGACUGUGUGAUAUACUAACGAUUUAUAUUUACUUUUUAUAUAUUAACGAUAUCCAUUUAAAGCGGCCGUUUAAAUAUGUUAUUUUUAGGUAAGUCGUUUUGUAUGAUUGUCAAAUCAGAAAAAUUAAGGUAGAAAAUGAAAUCUGCCCACGAUAAAUUGCAAAAACAUUAAGGGAAACCCUCGAUACCUCUAAUCUACCAAUCCAACAUCUAUAUUUAAAUGAGUGAAGCGGACGUUUCCCGUCUUCUAUUUAUAGAAACAAACGUCACUGACACGUUAAAAAAAGCUCUCGGGACGUUGUCUUCACUUUUCAAAAAUAAAAUUACUGAAAUACUUAGUUUCAAACGACACAGAACUGCUUUUGCAACAGAAAAUAAAAACUGAAGGCCUCUUUACACAUGUUAAAUGUAGUAUUCUUGAUAUCAAUUUACAUGACUUGUAUAUUACGGAUAUCUAUUUAUAUGUGAUAUAUAUUACAGGUUGUUAAAUGUUUAUAUGAUUAUUAAAUGUCAUGAUUUGGCAAUAGUUUUGCACACAUUUAACACUUUUAUCGGCGUUCUGUUUGGCUAGCUUAUAUUAUGUAAAUACGAAUAACAUUCUAUGCCAGUAUUUAGUUUGCAAUUUAUCAAAUACAUGUAUCCUGGUUUCUUAUAAGAAGGUUCUCGUAGCGUCAUUGAUUGAAAGUCGUAAGCUGCAUGUUCAUGUGUUCAUAUUCUUGAAUAAACUGAUAUCCAUACCUGUACAUUAUGGAUGAAUAAGUUUACUAGAACUCAAAAAAAUAUUCACGUGUAUAACACGUGUAUUGAAUGUCAUGUUUUAUAUCGAACAAAUGUGAUGAAUUAAUCUUUUCUUUACCUUUAUUUUGAAGAGAUUGAAAUAUUUUCAUUUUUGCCUAAGUAAAACAGUACUUUAGAAUUAAUAUAAUUAUAAAAUUUCUAAACCACAUUUCAAGUCGAAUUAAUGUUUUAUAAUUGAUUAAAAAGCUAACAGGUGCACGAAUACGACUAAAAGCAAUAAAUUCAUAUUUGACUUGCUGUAAUUUUUUUUAUCUCAGCUUUGUAAAUUUAUCAUGGGUGUAUGUCUAUAAACUAAUAGCAAAAUAAUUUCGAUUUCAUCUCUCUUUAAGUAUAUAAGAUCUUCAAUUUACUGGUGUAAGAUAUAUAUAGAAUUAUCAAGAUAUGCAUAUGUAUAUAUUUUUUGUUGAACAAUGCAAUAUAUUAAGUUAUUUUCAUAUUUUCUAACAAAAAAUGCCUGCCUCAAAAGAAAGAAUGUGUCACAUCUAUAUUGAUAACUUGUCAAACCUUUUGUGCUAGCAUUUUUUGUUUGUUUUAAAGCAUAGUCAAAUACAAAUAGAGGAAUUCAGGAUAACUAGAUUAUAAGCGCAAAACCUGGAAAAUGAAAUUGAAAGAUUUGCUGGCAUCAUUUUGUUAAUUGUGUAAUUUGAAUGUUACUGAAUCAGAGUUCCAUUUUAUUUUCUGUUGUCCUAAGUAUAGGGAUAUCCGUUACAAGUUACAUUACUUGGUCCAACUUGCAUCAAUUUAAUUAUUUAAUGUAUAUAUAAAAAAAGAUUUUCUACAAAAUUAAUUAAAUUGUAGAUGAUGCGUUUUAUAAGAUUACAAAAUAUAUCCUUUUAAUGAGUGCUCUUUUUUCAUAUGGUGAAAUAAUGCCCAACUAACUGGUGUUUGUCGAAAGUCGAAAUGAUUAUACAUUUUGCCAUAACUAUUUUUCAAUUUUAUAAUCUGUUUUACACAAAAAUUCUAUUACUUACCUGACCCAUAGAAAUUUCUAUAUAUACCAUUUGUAAUUUUCGUGUGACUUUCACUUGACAAAAAGAGUCGGACACAUGUAGUUGUUUAUGUGUAUACAUAUAUAUAUGUUAAGCAGGUUUUAUAUUUUAUCCUAAUCAUUUUUUAAAGCUAAUUCAAAUAAAAUUUACAUCGGAAAAUGAGCAUAAUGUUACUUAAAGUUUUGGUUGGAACUAUUUGUUUAAUAGUAUGUACUUUGUGUUCUGUUGCAUAUAUUUUGCUUUUGAAAGGUAUUAUUCUGCACUGUGCUUGUUUGAUAUAAUGUACUUU